GACACCAGUGAGCGACGGGUGAAAGUCUCAGACGCAUACUUUACUUCGACUUAAGAAGUCGCCUGUUUAACGUUCAAAGCCGGUUCGCGAUUUCGUUAGCGAUUAUCACGGAUAAAUAAACAAAAUAGCGCGGGUCGUGUAAGCGUGGUCGUAACGUGGCGCGUCAUAUCAGGUCGAGCGAGUCAUUCGAAGUUGAUCGGUUGAUAGUGUUGUGCGGAGACGCGAGACCGCCGCCGGCGCACCGGCCACCUGCGCACUCAGUCACUACUAUGUUGACAACGUGCGCCAUCGUCCUCUUAGCGGUAGACGCGUUCUACGCCGCUAAUCUUCAAACAUUAGAUACAGACCAGAACAACACCCUUCCAGCUGAAAAAUACUUUAUAGACAAGAUAUUCGAUAAAUAUGGAGACAAAGGAGUCAUUACAUUUGAGGGCUUCGAGCAUUUGCUGGAUAGUCUUGGUUUGGGAGGACGCGUCUUUAGCUCGCCACACGACCUCGCCCUUCAUCGAAUCAAUGGCAGCUUUCAACAACUGCACGAUACGCAGCACCGACAUAAGAGAUCACCCCCAUCUUCAACACCUAUAUUGAAGAAGUCAUGUCUAUCUCCAAAAGAAAUAUUAGAAGUAUAUGGAAUGGAAAACGAGCCAGGUAUUAUUACCAUAAAUCCGAAAACAUUUUUGGAAAUGUGUCCUGCUCUUGUUUAUCAGUUAGAUCAAAGAUCAUGCUACAAGACUGAUGCGCCUACGCCAAAACUCGACAGGGUUUGGACAUGGGUAUAUGCAAGUUUAAGCAUUCUAGUAAUUAGUGCUACUGGAUUGUUAGGAGUUGCUAUAGUUCCUAUGUUAAAGUCCGUAAUUUUCAGCCAUGUGAUACACUUUUUAGUAGCCGUCGCUGUGGGUACUUUAUGUGGUGACGCGCUGCUACAUCUUAUGCCGCACGCACUUAAAUCACAUGGAUCACCAAAUGAACCUCAAGAAGAAACCGAUGUUAUCCUUAAAUGUAGCGUAACCUUCUUAACUAUUCUCAUAUUCUACUCCGUCGAAGCUAUCAUGCAACUUUUUAACGGAGGCCAUUCCCAUUCUCAUGAUGCGACAAAUAAAUCCGUUGAAGAAUUGAAAGUCGAAUCGGCAAAACAGAUAGAGCCAAUAGAGCUUGGUGCUAUGAUGCCUGGAUCGCCACCACCACCAGUUGAGCGCCCAAUGACAUCAACCGCUCUCAUGGUCAUAGUUGGUGACGGGUUGCAUAAUCUAACUGAUGGUCUAGCGAUUGGAGCAGCAUUUAGUGGAGAUCCAGUGACGGGUUUUGCAACAGCACUUGCCGUAUUCUGCCACGAGCUUCCCCAUGAGUUAGGAGAUUUUGCAGUAUUACUUCGUUCCGGCAUGAGUAUAAAACGUGCUUUGUAUUAUAAUUUACUUUCUUCCGCUCUCAGUUUUAUGGGAAUGGCAGGCGGUAUCUGGCUUGCUGAAGAUCACGAAUCUGCUUCGCAGUGGAUAUAUGCUGCGACAGCCGGUACGUUCUUCUAUAUCGCAUUAGCAGACUUAAUACCAGAAAUAAAUGAAAACAAUAAAGGGAAAAGUGUGCAUUUAGUACUCGCUAUUUUCGGGUUCCUUACUGGUGGUAUAAUUAUGCUACUUAUUGCCCUCCAUGAGGAUUCAAUACAAAACCUUUUCAGAAAUUCCGAACAAUGAUAAAGAAUUGUACCGUGUGAUAAUAAUUAUCGUAAACUACUCAUGGUUGUUGUUAAAAUUAUUUUUAAAAAAAUAGAUAAAUUUAAAAAUAAGUGUUAUUAUUAAGUUUAACUUAAAAUCUAAACUGCUCAAGCAAUUUUUGAACAUUAUUACGAACUGAAAAUAAAAUUUAUACAUUCCAAGGAAUAUUUAAGUUAUUUAAAUAUUUUGCGAAGUCUUCUAUUAAACAUAUGUAAUAGGAUAUUGUUCUAGUACUUUGUCUCCUGAGCAAAUAAUAAAUAGAUAAAAAUAACAUAUAAACUGUAUUUAAUUUUAAGUCUGUUUUAGUUCUAUUAUGUUCUGUAAUAUUAAUUGUUUGUCUUCCGAUGACUAUAUGAGGAUGCAUGUUUGUUGUCUUUGUAAAUAUGAAUUCUAUGAAAGCAAAUAUAAAGCCUAGACAUAAGUU